GCGCGUGUUGCCUCCAUUUUUCGACGUCAUACUCGGGAGUUCAGAGCAGAAACGAGCCGAAGAAAUGACGGAUCGAGAGGUGCCGAGUCCGGUUUCUUCGGGUGAGAUACGAAUCCAAAACGAAAAAAUCGAAGAAAUUAUUAUAUCAGAAGCUCAGUUAAACAAAGUCCUGAACAGGCAAUUGGAACAUCAUAUUACAGAUUUUGAAAAUUUUAAAGUACUGUUUAUGCCUUAUCCAAUAGAGAUCAUCAGACAAUUCGUUACUUAUGUACAGACGGACGAUCCCGGAUUGACAUCUAUUACACACGCAUUCGAUCUCUAUAAAUUGAGUUUAAGAUACGAGUUAGGUAAUUUAAGAAAGAAAUGCAGAUUAUUUAUCAUUCGGGAAAUAAAACUGGAUACCGUCUGUUCAAUUCACGAUUUUGCACGUGAGAUCGGUGAUCUGCUCAUAACUUAUUAUUGCUGGCGAGCUUUCGACAAACACAGAGGAAAACUAUUUACAACAGUCGACUUUAAGUGCUGUAAAAUUGCAACAAUUGAUAGACUGCUAUCUCGAGCGUUAUAUGAAUCUGUCAGUGAAUUGCUUUUACUACACGCCGUGUAUCAGUGGAGCAUAGAAGAAGCUAAAAGAAAACAGGGCGCAGACAACUUCCAUUCGAUGAAUGAAGAAUCGAAAAGAAACUUAAUAAGAAAUGUUAUGAAGCCAAUUAUUGGAAAAGUUAGAUUUCUUGCCAUGAAUGAAGAAGAAUUGCAAUCUUGUGUUUUUAAAAUGAACUUGUUAAGCGAAGUAGAAAAGAGUCACAUCUGGCAUGCUUUUAAGUAUAAUUAUUAUUCCUUGUAUCCCAGUUACUUCAGUCGAGAAACAAAAACCAGAAGCAGAAUAAAUUAUUGGAACUUGUUCUCGUACAUAAAUCGUGGAUAUCCUUUUAUGAUCGCAAACGGAGAGAUGAAAGGUUACAUAUAUUUUAGCAGCGAAGUAGUUGUGAGAGAAGAUUGUUACGUCACGGCUCUUCGAUUUCCGGUGAAGCUUGCCGAAAGUUUUUCAAUGUGCGUAUACGCCUAUGUUAACAAUUUGGACAACGACUAUUUUUCGUUUAAAACCGUUUGCAAUCCACUGGGAGUAGCAAAUCUGCAAACGAAUUUGUAUGUAGAAAAAUAUUGGUCAAUUCGUUUAUUUGCUUACUUUUUCCACGCUGAAAAUGUUCAACCCGAUAUCGAGUUUUCACCUGAACUGAGUUACUUUGUGAGCGACGAAGGAACAAAUGCAAGGAAAUUUGAAGACAAAUUUCUAAUCGGUGACAGAAACCUUGUGAAUAAUAUUUACUUUUUGGUUGAUUUAUACUUUUGAAGUGAAAAGUUUCCUUGGAAAAAAGUGAAAUCUAAACGAAAAGGUAACGGAAAGUUAAAUUCGAAUAUGAUUAUUUCUUACUGUAUCGCGGUAAAAUUUUCGCAAAGUGUAAAUGGAAUAACGAUUUGUAUUGGGAUAAGAGAAAACAAAAUUUAAAGUGUUUAUUAAUGUAAUUUUUCUUUCUGAAAUGUAAAUUGUCAUUAGUCGAUUUGUUUAUAAUUCAAAAUUUAGUAUUUACAAAUAUAUCAUCGUCAAGAACGUUUAUAAUUGUCAUAAUUUGAAUGAUAAUUUCGUGCGUGAUUUUUAUUUUUUUAUUGAAGUAGAUGUUCGAGAAAGAAAUAUAAUUACAAUGUUACAGCAUUAAUCUUAUCUUUCUUCAUGUUAAUGACGAUACAAAUAUGAAAACUUGAGAAGAAUUUUUGUGGCAAUAAGAAAUUCUCUUAUAUAUAUUUUUA